GUAGUUCACGGAUUCGCGAUCGAUCAUUCUCGGCGAUUCCAAGCUUUGAGAGGGAGUGAAGAGGAGUAAAGAGGAAGGAAGAAGAGGAGCCCGCGUAUAGGAAAACGCGCGCAUACGCGACGCCGCGCCGCCGGUUCGUUGAAACUCCAAGGAUCCAGUCUCGAUCGGUCCACGGAUCCAACCGCGCCGUUCCGUUGCUCCACGUAUUUUGUCCUGGCCUCCUACUAAGUGCUAUCUAUCUGUGUUUUCAAAAACAAAAAAGAGAUAAACAACUUAUCAAGUGUCCGUUAGAUUUUAUUUACUUUAACUCCCUAUAUACGUUUUCGUUUUCGUUUAUCGUUUUCUUUGAUUAUUUCGUUUAAUCGUCCCCCGCAUUGUCGUCAUCGUUAUAGUUUUUCUUUACGCAAUUAUAGAAAAGGAAUGGAUAUUAAAAAAGUGACAGGUGCAUCAACGUCGUCGUCGUCGUCGUCAACAACAACAUUUGAACAUCAUCGUCGUCGUGGUCGAUCUUCCGAAGGGUUGAACGAUUUCGAAUAGCAUUUUUUCUCGAGGACUAUCCGUGGUCGCGAGAACACGCGUAUCCUUCAAUGGAGAUGAAAGGUUAGAAUGAGAGAGAGAGAGAGAGAGAGAGAGAAAGAGAGAGAGUGAGAGAGAGUGAGUGAGUGAUCGAAGAGAAGGAGGGAACGAAUGGAUGGAUAAAUCUCGUUACGAUUGAAACUCCGAGUAUCCGAAAGAGAAAAGGGGAAAAGAGAUAAAGAAAGAGAGAAACAGAAGGUAAAGGAGGGUCAUCGUGCGUAUUUAGAGAGGUGUGUAGAAUCAUCGUGUACAGGUGCUGUGUGUGCCUCGAAUCAGUGCUCUUUGGUAACAUCAUGAUCAUGCGACGCGAGUGCGAUCGAGUACUCUCGAGUGCUACCGAGUGCGUUUCGAGUGCGAGAUACUUCGGGAUUAUCGUAGAACCACGCGAACGGGCACGCGUACGAUCGCCAUUGAAGUUGAUAACAACAGGAAAAACAACAAGCAUGACGAUGACGACGAUAACAAUAGGAAAGACCACAUGUUUUCAGGAGUAGGACCUAUAUACACCGACAUAAUCAACGAACUCCUAGUGGCCGGACUUGGACUCCUAUAUAAAUACACGCAUACGUAUACAUGUGCAUUUACAUAUAUGUAUAUGUAUAUAGACAGCUGGGGAGGAAAAACGAAACGUAUUGGAGCGUUGGUAGAACGAUAGUCUGGCAACCUUACCGCGAACGGUAAACCUUUCGAUUGUAUAGUUGCAUCGACUACAACGCGUUGUUGUGCUCUGCCAGGGGCAAAUUAAUCCGGCGUUACGUACACGUGGACAUCAACCAUCAACGAACAGCACCUACCUACGUUUGUACGCGUGAGUUCAGAUCGCAUUCGAGCUACACCGGUAAUUACCGUGCGGUCUGCACGACCGGUCGUUUCCGGUCGAUCGACGAGACAAGCCGAGCUACCCUAACGACGAAUUCAUCGUACUUCAGGAUUACGAACAGUGCUUCGCAACGAUAUUUUUCUAUUGUUCUUUCUUUUUUCUUCAUUUUUACUAGUUACUUAUUUUAUGUCAUCGAGAUUUCUAAGAAAUUUUCAUAUUUUCACGAACGAUUGAGUGCAAAAGUGGAAGAACGAAGAUCUUAUUCGUUUAAUUCUCGAUAGAAAAUCAUCGAGUUUGGAUCCCGCGAAUUCUCUUGAAAGAUAAUCGCUAACGGCGUGGAAAAAUUACGCGUAGUCGGAGCACGAAAUCUGAGUGCCAUGGAGUGCCGCAAGGGUCGACGGAAAGGUCUGCUCGGUGGGUUGCUCCUUGCAUGGCUAUUAACCAGCAGUGGUCGUACAGUCGUCGCGCGAAAUAUAGAGAGGUACGACACCGCGUACGCCUGCGAAGGCAAAACGCUAUGGAUCGAGUGCGGCGAAGGAAAGCUGAUCCACCUGAUAAGAGCUAACUAUGGGAGGUUCUCGAUAACGAUAUGCAACGAACAUGGAAAUACAGACUGGAGUGUCAAUUGCAUGUCGCCAAAAACUUUUCGCGUUCUCAAUAACGAGUGUAACGACCAACAAAACUGCAGCAUCGUUGCAUCGACCUCACAAUUCGGUGAUCCUUGUCCCAACACGCACAAAUAUCUCGAGGCACAUUAUCGUUGUGUCUCUGCGACUACACCGACGACGACGUCUCGACCGAGUCCUCCGUGGUUCAUAACUUCGCAACCGAGCGUUUGGAGCACGGCUAAGCCAACCGUGAGACCUCCCUCGAGGAUUACGACACCGGCGGUUCAACAGCCACCGCAACCACCACCGGCACCAUCUACACCAGCUUUGCCAAUAACUACUCCACCAAGUCCAACCUCGACGAAGUCCUUCGACGAGAUGGAUAUCAUCAGAGAGGACAAAGAUUCAAUUCCUCCAUCGAACGGUGUCGCAGCAAACGGUGCAGCGAUUCCGCCAAUCGCACCAGAAACAAUGCAGCCCACAACUACAUCAACAUUUGCUCCAUGGAGAACUAGUCGUAAACCAGCUGUACCCAGCACUUAUUAUCCAGAGUCCAGUUCGAACGGACAAUGGUAUGAUUACGGAAGACAAGCUUGUCCACCGGUAAUAGCACGAAAUCUUUCAUGGAACGCGACUCGUGCUGGAGACGUUGCCGUCCAAAGUUGUCCAGGUGGUGCCAACGGCCUGGCUCGUUGGAGAUGUCUCGCAAAAGGUGAUUCCGCGAUUUGGCAUCGAGACACUCCAGAUUUAAGCGAGUGCCGUUCUGUUUGGUUGACGUCCUUGGAAAAUAGAGUGACUGAUGGUGACGUCAUUUUGGGUAUCAGUCGAGAACUUUCACAAGUAACGAACAAUAGCCGUGGUCUUUACGGUGGUGACAUGAUGAUCACUACAAAGAUCAUAAAGAACAUGGCUGAAAAAAUGGCACAAGGUAUUAGGACCUAUCAGGAUCCCAAUCAAAGCGAAGUCAGUGUUACGGAGCUUUUGCAAGGUGUUGUAAGAACAGGUAGCAAUCUUUUGAACGAAGCACAGAUGGCUUCUUGGAAGGAUCUCAGUCAUCAGGAACAAAUGAGAGUAGCGACCUCGUUGUUGAUAGGUCUAGAAGAAAAUGCAUUUCUUUUGGCUGAUACUUUGACACAAGAGAAGACGAUUACUCACGAUUGUAGAAAUAUACUGAUGGAAGUUCGUGUAUUGGACACACGCAACAUCGGUAACGAUCUCGAAGUCUUCCCAAAUAACCUUGCAGAAGGAAGAUGGACAGCAUCCACAGCUCAUGUCGAACUAACCCGAGGUGCACUUUUGGAAAACAGCGAAGCUGGGAUCGUUCGAUUGGUCUUCAUGGCCUUUAAUAGACUCGAAGAAAUUCUUCAACCGCAAGCUGAAUUACCGUCCGUCGUAACAAACGACGAUUCGCAAUCGUUACCGAAAAGGAACACGACUAGGUUAUUGAACAGUAAGAUUAUUUCUGCUUCGCUAGGAAAAGGUCGACACAUACAACUAUCGGAACCAGUAAGGAUAUACUUCAGGCAUUUGACAUUGGAAAAUGUCACCAAUCCUACUUGCGUCUUUUGGGAUUAUAUUUUGAGUGGUUGGUCAGAAGAAGGAUGCCAAAUAAAGAAAAGCAAUGACACGCACACAGUAUGCGAGUGCAACCACUUAACAAAUUUUGCUGUUCUCAUGGACGUUCAUGCAGUUAGACUGGACAUCGCUCAUCAAGUCGCUUUACAAAUCAUCACGUAUAUAGGCUGCAUCAUAUCUAUCGUCUGUCUAGUUUUAGCGAUACUUACUUUUCAAUUGUUUCGUGGGCUUAAGUCCGACAGAACAACAAUACACAAGAACCUGUGCGUCUGUCUGCUAAUAGCCGAAGUUUUGUUUAUUUGCGGAAUCGGACAAACGAAUCAGAGGAUCGUCUGUGGUAUCGUUGCUGGUUUAUUACACUUUUUUUUCCUAUGUGCAUUCGCCUGGAUGUUCCUCGAAGGAUUUCAAUUGUACGUUAUGCUGAUUGAAGUUUUCGAAGCAGAAAAGUCUAGACUCCGAUGGUAUUAUCUAGUUGCUUACGGGGCACCGUUGCUGGUAGUUGCGAUAUCCUGUAUAAUCGAUCCAUUCAGUUACGGUACCGAUCGAUACUGUUGGCUUCGAGCGGACAACUACUUCAUCUUCAGCUUUGUGGGACCCGUAAUACUCGUAAUCUUGGCAAAUCUCGUAUUCCUGUCGAUGGCGAUAUACAUGAUGUGCCGACACGCAAAUACGACGGUAGCCAUGAAGAGUAAAGAACAUUCACGUCUAGCUAGCGCAAGUGGAAAGGAAGAGAAUGCUCUUCCCAACAAAUUGCAAGCGCACUUAGCUUGGUUACGAGGUGCCAUCGUCCUAGUAUUUCUACUAGGAUUAACUUGGACUUUUGGACUACUCUACUUGAAUCAAGAAUCAGUGGUAAUGGCGUACAUCUUUACUGUACUUAACAGUCUUCAAGGCCUGUUCAUCUUCGUGUUCCACUGCGUUCAAAAUGAAAAGGUAAGAAAGGAGUACAGAAAGUUCAUCAGAAGACACUCGUGGCUACCAAAGUGUUUGAGAUGUUCGAAGACAGUAACGGGAAGUUCCGGGUCGUCCGGUACGAGUGGUGGUGGAGUCGGGCCUGGUGGAAACGGUGGAAAAGAAUUUGCCUCGCAUAACACAUCGUCGAAUCCAUCGGCACCAACAACGGACAGCUCAGGACUAUCGCCUCAUGCCGCCUCUAACUACUUGGUAUCCGGUCGAAGCUGGGCGAUAGUUGAUAGGCAGCCGGCAGUCGCUGUGCCAAGUGAAUCCUCUGGCACAGAGGCUCACAUCGUGGCAACCCUGCCGUACGCCCGUCACGCAUUCUUACCCUCAGCUCCUAAUAUCCCCAAAUCUGCCACCGCCACUUGGGGCCACCUUAACAAAAACCUCAUGUGGAAGAACAUUUCUUUUAAAUCGUACUCCCGGGACUCUGGACACGGUGGAUCCGAACAAGAAGACUCACCGAGGACGCAUAACACUUUAACUCUAGGCCAUUCGGGUCGCAAUCGAGAUCGAGAUCGAAACCGUAUCGUCGGCUCGAGCGAUGGCAGCGAGAUGAUGGGUGGCAAUGGAAGGACAGCUACGACAACGGCUACGACAUCAGUGGGAACUGGGCGACGUGCUGCCAUGCCAUAUAAUCAUACUUAUACGGAAAUCGUAGAUGGUAGAAAUGGUGGAAGUAACAUGCAUCACCAGAUGCAUGCUCAUCACGGCCAACAUGUACACCUACCAACGCAUCGCGGAGUUGGCAGCGUUGGUGGAAUAACCAACGAAGAUGAUCCUGUUUACGAAGAAAUCGAACGAGGCGGCGCAGGUGGAGCUGCCGGUGAGAUCCAAGUGUCAGACAUGUCUGAUGAGGAUGGUCGAAGACAAAGCGACAUGAGCAGACAAUCUUCGAGAAGCUACGGUGAUCAUAGGCCGCUUAUUCCAUAUUCACCUGCUAAUGAUCGCAACCUGCUCCAUUAUGGACAAACAAUGAGCAGCGAUCGUGUUGGUAACACUCAUUACGAUCCAACGGAAUACGGUCCAACCGUUGAAAGAACCUUAAAUGCCUGCUGGGAAAAACUACGAAGGCAGCAAGCAAGGUACGAGCUCGGUGAACUGCCACGACUUCCUGCAGGCUAUGGACUGCCACCUCAACAGGAUCACACGAGAACCGUCGCCGUUCUCGACGGCCACACCGUCGUCUGUCAUCUUCAACCCCAAACGGACAUGUAUACGGGACGCGGCAUGCCACCGCCGUCCUACAGCGAGUGUUAGGUCAAAGUUGGAUCGUCUCGUCCUCCGCCUCGUCCACCAUCCCCACGUUUUCGGGUAGAACUCUGCUCCUUUCGUAGGACUUACCCUUCGACUUCGAUCUCUCUCUGAUUUCACUGUAACGUCAGUAUAAACGUCUCUCUCUCUUUCUCUACUUUAUUCUUUCAUUUUCAAUUUCACUCUAACUCUCCCCCAAAUUUGUCGGGAAGGAAGAUUUUCUCUUGAUAAAAUAGGGAUAUUUCUUACCUGUGAAUUAAAACAAUUAAAAUGGGAAGAGAGAGACGAACGAAAGGUUAAAUUUCGGAGAAAAAUCGUGAAAACGAGAAGGGAGACGAUGACGGUCCUUCCAAGAAGAAACACGAAAGUCUAGAAAACGACGUUACUUCGCUUUUUUUUAGCGUGUUUAUAAGCACAUGAGUCGAUCGGCGAUACUUAACGCGAUGUUCGCGUAUAAAACUUCAAUAAACGAUCGACACUCUGCGCCGAAAGAUUCCUUCCUUGCUCUUCGCGUAUUAAUCACGAUAUGUGUGUGAUCCUUGCGAAUAAAAUAUAAAUGAAACAAAAAAAAUAAUAAUUAUUGUGUGUAGGAAGCGAGACGAUCGUGUCGACGAUGCGUCGGCGAUACGUUUUCCUUUUUUUUUUUUCUGUUUUUUUUUUUAUUCUUUCUCUUUUGUAAAAUAGACAUAUCGCGACACAUACUCCUCGUCCACGAGCUAAAACAUUUUGUAAGUCAUUGUUUUUGUUUUUAAAUAAUCACCCUGUUCUUUCUUUUCUUUCGUUCCUUUGUGUAUAAUAUAUAGAACUCUCGUUGAACGGAUAGCUUAGGAUAGUGACAUAUCGGAUAUUUUAGAAAUUGUGGAAUGUGAUUGCAUCGAUCGCAUUUGAAAAUUGCCCUACUAAUGUUAGAAGAGCAACUGCCUGUGGGCAGAAAGAAAAAAGAGGAAAAGAGAGAGAUAGAGAGAGAGUUUGGGGGAAGAGCUUUUGAACAGACCGAAUUCUCGAUCGCGACGCGUCAAAAUUUUCUCAUAGAAAUAAUCAUGCGCGCAUUUUUUUUUUAACCAUUUCCUUUGUCCGCACUCUACUACGUGCAUAUUUUUUUAAUUCGAAUGCUUUGACUUAAUUUUUGUUUUAAUAGAAGACCAAGAAAAUAUUCAAUUCACUUUUUUUUUUGUUUUUUUUUUUUUGUCAUUUUCCGAAUAAAUCGUUGAACUCUUACAAGAACGUUUUACUUGAUGAUAUAAGGAAAUAAAAUUUCCUAAUAAUAAAUAUUAAUUAUCGAUUCGAAAUAAAAAUGAAAUCGUAACUUUACAGUCGUAAAUAAAUAAAUAAGUAAGUAAGUAAAUAAAUAAGUAAGUACCUUUGUCGGUCGUCCCAACCACAACUCCUCAUUGUACAUUGCUUUUGAAAUGUUACGUUUUAGUCCCAGAAUGUUAUUUUUAUAAAUAAAAAAAGGUAUAUAUAUAUACAUAUAUAUAUAUAUGUAUAUGUAUGUAUAUGUAUGUAUACAGUAACAUGAUGUUCUUGAACGAAAAGAAAAGAAAGGACACACGGGGAUGGUUGCGUAUACGUGCGUGCGUGCAUGCAUGCGUGCAUGUAUGAUGUAUGUAUGUAUGUAUGGAAGUAUAUAAGCGUGUGCGAAUAAGUAUGUAUAUGUGUAUGUUUGCGUUUGCGUACUAUCGAACAAAAAGGGACAGAUAGUUACGCGUGUAUGUGAUGAUGUAGGCGAUAUAAAAGCCAAUUUUCCAAGCGAAUGGAAAAAUCGCUAAUGAAAACUUAGUCACUGUUUUUUACUAUUUUUUAAAGGAAACUUAAGUGUCGUAAUAAAAAAAAAAAACGUGUUAAUAAUACGUGUAAAAAAA